UCAAAUCUCACGCGCAUAGAAAUCGCGCGUCCUCAUUUAGCAUAACCUCGAAAUUUCGUGACACAUUAACCUCCGAAAUGAAAUAUAGUCGUGUUGCCGAAAUUUCUGAAAGUGAAGAAUCAGAAGAAGAGUCUAAUUUGAUGCAACGCUCUAUUUCCAAAAGCUUGAUGGCGAAUAAUCAAGAUUCUAGCUCCAGUUCAUCAUCGGAGUCUGACGAGAGCAGCAAGGCGCCGCCGCCCCCAGUCGAUGCCCGAAAACGCAAAUCCUCGACUUCAUCAAGUCCGAAAAAAAAAGUUACCAUCACCCCACUUGAAAGGUUCAUUGACGAGAAUAAAAAUCUGAAAAAGCUGGAUGUAGAAGAUGUGGUGACAGAUGAGGACGACGUGUGUUUGUUGGAGAUUCCAAAAACCAUUGAUCCUUCAGAGUUUUUAGAAAGAGUAAUUAAUUUUAACAAAAAGAGAAAGCUGAAGGUGAAUAAUACAAAAUAUGUAAUUGUGCCUGAACUAGAAGACCUUAAACCCAUAAACUUGCUUACUAGGAAGAUAAAAAUAGUUCAUCCAGUAUCUAUUUUGCGGAUGCGGCAAUAUAAUAAACAUAAACAAGAAAGUGAGGUUGAGAAUGAAGUUACAACUCCACCUGCACUGCCUGAUACUUUAAAAGUUAGACAUCCGCUAUUUGGGGCUGAAUUUAAACGCAAAAUUGUUUUAGAUGAAGAAAUACAAAGAAAACUGGAUAUCACCAUUGAUCAAGUUGUGAAGAAGAUGAAAAAGAAAAAACGCAAAGAAGUAGAAACCAGCCAAGAAUUUGUGGCUCCUUUAGAACCCACUGAUUCUGGUAAAAAGAAAAAGCGUAAGAAAAAGGCGGCUGAAAGUAGUGAAUAUAAACAAGAUAAAAUUGAACAAGAGAAUGUGGAUGAGUCAAUUUUCGCCCUUCUAGAAACCCACAUAGAGAAGAGUAAAAAAGGCCACAAAAAAAGAAAAGAAGAACCAUUGACUUCAUCCUCAGAUUCUGGUAUUUUUACAAAAGAUAUCAAAAAUGAAUAUGAGGAUAAAAGUAAUCAGGAAGCUGAUAAUAAUCAUAAUGGAUCAUUUUAUGGAUGUCUAUAUUUGUGAGUGGUUCUCCACAAGACUUGAUUCGUAUAUGGUUAUAUUGACUUCAUAAGACAGUUGUGUGUUUUGAUAAUUUUGUGAUAGAUUAUAAUUUAUUUUAAAUACAUCUAAUUUCCGUA